GACUUCCAUAUGCCUCCUGUGAUGUUGUUUGACAAAAUCAUCACAUUAUCGGUGCUACAUUCUCGUAAUUUGCUGCGUUCAGGCACGGUAGUUGGCAGUUUCAAGAUAGAUGUCGCCACUGUGUACAUGGCACCUGAUCACCAGUUCUACCACAAAUGGGCAAUCCUGUCUGAUCCAGAAGACAUCAAUGGUGGGGUCAAAGGUUAUCUCAAGUGUGACAUUGCAGUCAUUGGUAAAGGGGAUACUAUCAAGGUUCCUCCAAAGAGUGACAAGGAUGAAGAAGACAUAGAAGCAAAUCUGCUGCUACCGGAGGGAGUGUCAGCCGACCGCCAGCGAGCCAAGUUCUACAUGAAAGUCUACCGUGCGGAGGGUCUGCCUAAGAUGAACACUGGAAUCAUGGCUAACGUAAAGAAGGCAUUCACUGGAGAAAACAAGGACCUCGUAGAUCCAUAUGUCAAGGUGUCAUUUGCUGGGCAUGAGGGCAAGACUUCAAUAAAGAAAGGUUCCUAUGAGCCCAUAUGGAAUGAGCAAAUAGUGUUCACAGAGAUGUUUCCUCCUCUGUGUCGGAGAAUCAAGAUACAGCUGCGAGACAAUGACAGCGUCAAUGAUGACAUCAUCGGAACUCACUUCAUCGACCUCUCCAACAUCUCCAAUGCUGGAGAGAAAGGUUUCCUGCCAACAUUUGGCCCGUGUUGGAUCAACCUGUAUGGUUCGACGCGGUACUACCAGAUACGAGACCAGCACAUGCACCUGAAUGACGGGCUGGGCGAGGGCGUGUCGUUCCGCGGGCGGAUCCUCUUUGCCAUCAAGAUGGAGAUGAUGGACAAUGAGGAAUUGUCUGGACCCACCACGGUGGAGGUGGAAAACACACUACCUAUAUCAGAGAAUGCUGCAGGCCGACCAGAUGAGUACUUCCUGUUUGCUACUUAUUUGGAGUCUUCCAUGAUUGACAAGAAGGCAAUUGGUGACAAACCCGUACACUUUGAAAUAAGCAUUGGUAAUGCUGGCAACGUUCUGGAUGGCUACAACCCACCGUGUCGACACUCCAAAUCUGAGAGCAGUGAUGAAUCAGGAGAAGAAGGGCCAGAAGAAGACACGUCCACGUGUAGUGCUGACAUUCCCAAGUGGCAGAGCACCACGUCCCCGGCUAAACCCAUCACCCGUGACAAGUGUUACUACCACCUGCCGUACUACGAGGACAAACCAUGUGUGUACAUCAAGGAGAUGAUAGAAGACCACAGACGGCGCAUGUACAACAGCAACAUCAUUCAGAAAGUAGCCGAGAAACUGGAGGACGGCUACAACCUGGUACAUGAAAUGAUCCAGACAGAAAUGCCAUUCCCUGAGAAACGUCUGCGCACAGUGUUUGAGGAACUAGGUCAAGGCUGUUCAAAGUUUGUCUCCCUAGUGAAGGGGACUGGAGGGGGCUCUGCUGCUGGUAAAACCAAACUGGACAAAGAAAGACACAAACUGCUGGUCCGAGAGAUGGACCAGAUGUCAACUUUAGCCAGAUCUAUGAAGGCCACAGUGACCAAAGACAACCUGAAGGUUAAACUGAAGUGUGCCACUCAGUAUCUGACCAGACUGCACAACCUCAUGGAAGAGCCCCAACAUGCCCUACCUGAUGUGUUCAUCUGGUUGAUCAGUGGUAACAAGCGGAUUGCCUACCAGCGAGUCUGUGCACGUGACAUCCUCUACUCCAUUGUUGAUGAGGAGAGAGGAAAGGAAUGUGGAAAAGUCCAGACAUUGUUACUGAAGCUACCAGGAAAGAAAGCCAUGGGACAAGCUGGAUGGAACAUCCAGGCCAAACUUCAGGUGUUUCUGUGGCUUGGACUGACUAAACACAAGAAGGACUACCUCAAAGGUUUGCCAGGAGGCUAUGAGGAGACAAAGGCUCUCAAACAGUCAGCUACCAGACCACAGUCUGUGCCACCUCCAUUCAUACAUUACAAAGAGAAGCAAGCGUUCCAGUUACGAGCUCACAUGUACCAGGCUCGACAGCUGAUUGGUUCUGAUGCAUCAGGACUAUCGGACCCAUAUGCACGAAUUGCAUUUGUAGAACAGAGCGUGUGCACUCAGGUGAUAGAGCAGACACUGAGUCCAACCUGGGAUGAGAUGCUUAUCAUCAAGGAGGUGGACAUCUAUGGCCUGAUGGAGGAGAUUGUAGAUGAUCCACCGACCAUCAUAGUGGAGAUCUUUGACCAGGACAAAGUGGGUAAAUCAGAGUUUAUUGGACGAGCUCUCUGUAAGCCUCUUGUCAAGCUGAGUGAUGAGAACUACAGUCCCCCCAAAUUCCCCCCACGUCUGGAGUGGUGGAGUGUGUACCGGGGGCCAGAUCGGGCCGGAGAACUCUUGGCAACAUUUGAACUACUGCAGUUGGCUCCCUUUGGUGAUCGCAGUGGACAGGACUUGCCCCCAAUGGAGUUGCCUGAUCUUGGUAAGGACCGAGGACCCAUCAUGCCUGUCCCAAAAGGAAUAAGACCAAUCCUUAGCAAGCACAGAAUAGAAGUUUUGUUUUGGGGAGUGCGGGAUCUGAAGCGAGUACAGCUACAGACUGUGGAUCACCCCCGGAUCGACGUGGAGUGUGCAGGUCACAUACUGGCAUCCUCCAUCAUUCAGAACGCCAGGAAAAACCCUAACUUCAGUGUACCAGUCAAGUAUUUUGAUGUGGAACUUCCUGAAAAUGAACUCUACUGCCCACCCAUCACAAUUCGGUGUGUGGAUUGCCGCAGCUUUGGACGAUUUGUGCUUGUCGGUACCCACAUGAUCAGCAAUAUCCACAAGUUCAUGUAUGUACCAACCACCAAGAAGGCCAAAGCAGUCAUACAAAAACUCUUCCCAGAAAAUCAAAAUGUUGUUAUUUCAGGCAAAGGCCUUGGACAGACGAAAGUAAUAAAGACUGGACAGGUAUCGACACACUCGGAGGAUGUCGUGGUCUCGAUUGAUGAGCACCUACCUUUGGUUAACAAAGAACAGUGUGUUACCAUAGAUACGGGUGGAAUAACAGACAAGGAACAGAAGACUGCCGACAAUGAAAGAAAGAAGCAGAAGAAGAAGGCCGGUAUGGACGAUGAUGAGCCUGACUUGGAUGCUCUGGACUGGUGGAGUAAAUACUUCGCGUCUGUCGAGACCAUGAUCAGGGACCAUGAAAAGGUACGUGGUAAUGCCUUUAACCAGGAUUUAUUGGACAUGGAGGUGAAAGCAGAAAAAUCAACAUCAGUGACAGAGUACGGCACAAUACCAAAUGGUCACAUGCUGGAAAAUGAAAUUGAAUUCAAGAAUGCCAGACAGGCCAAGAAGAUGGAGAAAGAGUUGAAAAAGAUGGAAAAACAGGAAGAUAGAAAAGCUAAAAGUUCAUCACUUGCGAAUCAACUCUCCCCGAAAUCUCAGCGUAAAAAAGACAAGUUGCUGAGCAGCACUGCACAACUGAAGGUAUUACCCAGUGAGUUGGAAAGUCAGCACGGCUUCUCAGAGUUCAAAGACUGGCUCCAUACAUUUGAGUUGUUUCGGGGCAAGCAGGCAGCAACUGAGGAUACAGACGAAAACAGAAUUGUGGGGAAAUUUAAGGGGUCACUGAAAAUCUACAAGAUUCCACUACCACCCGACAUUGAGGACACCACUAUAACUGGAGCCAAUCCAUCAACAGGCUUGUUCCAAGGGUUGCCAAGCAAUGAUCCCAUCAAAGUGAUGGUCCGCAUUUAUGUUAUCAAGGCCAAUGACCUUCACCCUGCAGACAUCAACGGCAAAGCUGAUCCAUACCUUGUGAUCCGUCUGGGAUCCACUACGAUGAACGACAAGGAGAACUAUGUCUCCAAACAGCUCAACCCAGUGUUUGGAAAGUGUUUUGAAAUUGAAGCCACCUUCCCCAUGGAGAGUCUGCUGUCUGUACAGGUGUACGACUGGGAUCUUGUCGGAAUGGAUGACCUUAUCGGGGAAACCAAGAUUGACCUCGAGAACCGGUACUACAGUCGACAUCGAGCCACCUGUGGAUUGGCACAGAAAUAUGAACUAUAUGGUUACAAUGCAUGGCGUGACCCUCAGAAACCAACCCAGAUCUUAUUCAAGCUGUGCAAGGACAGCAAGGUUGAUGGUCCCCACUACCAGCCAGGCAAGGUCAGAAUCUCCAACCGAAUCUUCACAGCACCUUCAGAAAUAGAGGAUGAACAUGGUAUGAAGAAAGCAACAGAUGAACACCUGGCACUGGCAGCACUCAACAACUGGUACGAGAUUCCCAAAGUGGGCUGCAAAUUGGUUCCUGAACAUGUCGAGACUCGGCCACUGUACAACCCAGAAAAACCCGGAAUAGAACAGGGCAAGUUAGAACUGUGGGUGGACAUGUUUCCUAUGGAUAUGCCUGCUCCAGGGCCCGCUGUUGAUGUAUCACCAAGGAAACCAAAAAGCUACGAGCUGCGCUGUAUUAUCUGGAACACUGAUGAUGUUGUCCUGGAGGACGAUGCGUUCUUUACGGGUGAGAAAAUGAGCGACAUCUACGUGAAAGGAUGGAUCAAGGGCUCUGAAGACAUCCAGAGUACAGACAUACACUACAGAUCUUUGACCGGCGAGGGUAACUUCAACUGGAGGUUUGUGUUUCCGUUCGACUACCUGGUGGCGGAGGAGAAGAUUGUCAUCUCCCGAAAGGAGACGCUGUUCUCGUGGGACGAGACCGAGUCGAAGAUCCCAGCCAGACUCAACCUCCAGGUGUGGGACGCCGACCACUUCUCCGCUGAUGACUUCCUCGGAUCAUUAACUUUAGAUUUAAAUCGAUUCCCACGAGCAGCAAAAUCUGCCAAGCACUGCUCCCUGGACAUGUUAAAAACUGAUGGAACUGUCCCACAGAUGUCACUCUUCAAACAGAAGCGGGUCAAAGGAUGGUGGCCAUUUGCAAUAAAGAAUGAAGGUAGUGAUGAACUGGAAUUGACGGGCAAGGUGGAAGCUGAGUUGCACCUGAUGACGUUUGAAGAGGCGGAAAAACAUGCGGCCGGAUUAGGACGCAACGAACCCGAUCCACUCGAAAAACCAAACCGACCGGACUCUUCAUUCAUGUGGUUCAUGAACCCAUGGAAGUCGAUCCGCUACAUCCUGUGGCACAACUACAAGUGGGUGAUUGUCAAGAUCCUCAUCGUGUUGCUACUCGCUGCACUGCUCGCUCUCUUCUUCUACUCAAUGCCGGGAUACACAGUCAAGAAACUCUUUGGAGCUUAGCUCGCUCACUCUGCAAUGGUGGUCAUGACAAAA